AGGGCCCGAUCAAUAAUAUUUAAAGUGUUAAUAUCACGGACACUUCAUUAAGAUUUAGUAUUUUUCUCCUAAAGAUGGCUCGGUAUCACAGCACUCCUGCUGGAGUAAUCGAAGUGCUAAAAGAACAAGGAUACACCAUAGAGAAAGAACUUAGCCGAGGGGCUUCAGGAAUAGUGUUUCUGGUGAAAGACACAGAAGGAGACCCUUAUGUGAUCAAACAGAUGAAUUCCAGAGAUGAGGAGGAGCUGGAUGCAGUCAGAAAGGAAGUUGAAAUCCUGAAAGAGCUCAGCUUUGGAUAUAUUGUUACUUAUGUGAAUUCAUUUGAAGAUGAUGCGGGACGCAUUUAUAUUGUGAUGGAGUACUGUGAAGGAGGAGAUCUUUCAAAAGUCAUGGAAACACAUCAAGGAGAAAGUUUUUUUGAAGAACAACAGAUUCUUGACUGGCUUGUUCAGAUUUGUCUGGCUUUGCGUUAUCUCCAUGAGAAGAACAUUCUUCACAGAGAUAUUAAACCUCAGAAUAUCUUCCUGACUGAAGAUGGUUACAUCAAUCUGGGAGAUUUUGGAUGCUCAAAAGUAUUGGAAAGAGCUGAUGAAUAUGCUAAUUCAGUUGUGGGUGCAAAGCUCUAUUUCAGCCCAGAAGUUUGUCAGAGGAGAUAUAAUUCCAAGAGUGACAUAUGGUCAUUGGGAUGGGUGCUCCAUGAUCUCUGCAUGCUUGAUGUGUGGGCAGAUGGCAUGCAGCGUUACGUAAUUCAUGCAGUCAGCUUGACAGGAAACCUCCCUCAGAUCUCAGAGAGAUACUCAGUAGAACUGAGAGAAUUAAUCAGACAAAUGCUCAACCGUGACCCUAGAGAAAGGCCUUCAGCUGAAGAGAUUCUAGCAAAACCAUUCCUGGAAGAUGCAGUGGACAGAAACAGCAGAACUCCACAGGCACUGAUUCAGUGUUUCAUUAAGUCUGUCAACAGCUAUGAUAAGGCCUACAACCAGCACUAUAAAGACCUUGAAGCCUUAGUUAGUGAGUGGGGAAGAAUAACAGAUUCGAUGGAGUCUGCACAUUACAGCGCCACAGCUGGCAGUCUGUCAGGUUCAGUGAUUGGAGCAGCUGGAGGAAUCACUGCAUUAGUUGGUUUAAUUUUGGCACCGUUCACUCUCGGUGCAUCUCUGAUUGUUACUGGUGUUGGUGUUGGAGUUGGAGUUGCAGGUGGAGUAACAGGUGCUGCAUCCACCAUUACUAAUACUGUACAACAAAAAUCAUUUAGAAAGAGCCUUGAACAAAUUCAGCAAAAGUAUGAAUCUGUAAGCGAACCAAUUCUCACACCGCUGAAUACAUUGAGAAAAGUACUGAAAAAAAUCACGAAGUUCAGUUUUUUUUUUGGCACAUCAACUUUUGACAAUGUAGAAAUAUCAUGCAAUUUAGACAGAAGAAGUAUGUUCUGUGCCACACAACUCAUGAAUUUAGGUCUGCUGGCAAAUGUUAGCAGAAUUGCUACUCAGACUGCAAGAGUAGGACGAGUAGUAGCAGAAGCAGUCUCAGGUGUGUUAAGUGGACUACUAGUCAUACUUGAUGUCGCCUUCAUAGUGAUGGAUUCGGUAGACAUACACCAAAUGAGACAGGGAAAAGUAGAUGAUCCAGAAAAGGUCAGAUCCAGUGUUCUCAAAUCCAUUGCAGAGAUGAGGAAAACACAUAAUGAGCUUUGCAAUGUCCUGAAGGAAAUGCAGAGAACCAGAGAGGAACUAAAAGACUACAUGUAUAUAGAAUUGGCCAACGAUGACAGGGAAAUAGAAAAUGAUUUAAAUAGUUAAAACAUAUAGAUAUGAUUUCAGUCAGAGAAUCAGGAAACCUACUACAUUGCUCUGAAACCAGAAUUCAUGUGUGUAGCGUGUGGUUGAGUUUUUGUGAUUAUAUUAAGUUAAGUCACCUUUUGUUUAUAUAUAGUGCUUUUUAAAAUAGAAAUGUUACAAAACAAAUCAGGUUUAUAAUGAUAACAGAAAAAAAAAAAAAAUACAACAAAGUUUGAAAAAACAACAACAACAACAAAAAUGUAUUUGUUCAGCUUGAGUCAUUGAAGAUCUUAAGUUAUCAAUUUAUUUGAUUUAAUCUAUUCAGUAGCCCUGGAGAAAACAGUCAUGUCACAGUCCAUUUAGUUCAGUCAAAAUAGUAAGAAUAUAGUUGAAUAGUAGGUGUCCACAACUAAACAAGCCAGAGGCGACAGCGGGAAGGAACUCAGAUUCCAUGACAGAAUGGAGAGGGAAAAAGAUAAAUAGAUAGAUAGAUAGAGUUAUGUUAGUUAGAUAGUUUUAUGUUCCUGUCACAGCGAUUAUUUAAUAUUUUUGGUUUAAUAAAUCAAUUUUUUGCGCUUGAGUCUUUGUUACCUAUUCAUUCCACGACAUAUAGAAUAACAUAAAAAAAAAUAUAGCAGAUACAAUAUAUCCAUUAUUUACAAGUGUUUUCUAUUACACAGAGGUGUAUGUUUGUUUAUGAAUUAGCAUUUAUGUAUUACUGUUCAUUUUAUAAGUACUUAAUGGUGAUUUGUGGGCAAUUAAUAUACUUUGCCAAGGUAAUCGUUUAUGUAUAUUGUGUUAUGUUCUGAUUUCGUUUUGUUUUACUUUGUUUGCUCUGUUUCUGUUUGCCUUUCUUUAUAAAUUAGUUUCAGUGUUUACUCAUUUAGUCUCUAGUUUGUUGCUAUGGUUAUUCAUUGAUUAUCAGAUUCCUUUCACCUUAUUUUUAUAUCCCUCUAUUUCAGUUUAAGCUGGUUGAUUUUCAUUAUUGUCAGUGUUGAGUAUGCAUUACUGUUUUCUAGGGAUGUGCCGAACGAGGCUAAGAAUUAAUGGCCAAACAUUUCAAAAUUCACAUUGUUUUUGCAUAUGAAUGUUUGUUUGUUUUUUACACGGUUUAAUUGUGAUUAUUAGUAACUGAAGCCCCUUUAUCUCAAGCUCUCUACUGUUAUGUUCAAGUCAUGUUGGGUGGACAUGACUUGUGUAGAAAAGUGAAAUUGCCCUCCUGUUUCGUUCAAAGUGACUUGAAUGCACCUGACGUCCUAAUAACAACUUGUCAACUCAUAAAUAUGAACCUCCCAGGAGGACUCGAAUGCACCAUUAACUGGUCAGUCAUUUGCAUCCACAUUUUUGUAGUUUUUUAAACACUUUUUAUUCAUGUUUGUAGUUCUGAACCCAAUCCUUUGCCAAAAUGCAGUGGAUUGUGGGGAAUAUUAUCAAUUAGAAUGUUGCAGGAAUCCACACUUCCAAAAUCUACCUGAAAUAAUAGAUAAUCCGGGGACUUCUGGUAUAUUAUUUUCAACAUGCUAUGCUUUGGGAAACACUUUUAUAUUCAAAAUAUUUAAAAGUUAUUUAUAAUAGUUUUUCUUGUUGCUUAUGUGCAAUGGUUGAAUAACAAUUUAUGUCCCGUGAAUCAUUUUAUUCUAACGCAUUCUGCACACGAGUCUCGACCCACCCAUCAUCACCCGUCAAGUCUUGUGCCGCACACCACUGUUGCUUCUGCUCCCGUGGGAGUGCAGGUCUCUUCUUCGAAGCUUUUGACACUUUGGUGCUAUACUUCACCAUCUGGUGGUCAGGAAAAAUCCCUACACCAACUGUGUCAUUCAGAUGUUUUGAUGUAAGUUGUCAUUGUAAUGUUUAUUUGUAUAUUUAAUUAGCAUAUAUGUCAUUAGCAAGAUGCAGCGAUAAGAGUUUCCAAAUUUCCCUGUAUUUUGCAAAAUACAAUGACAAUAAAGACUUUCUGUUCUUCAUUUUUACUUGUAUCAAACUUUUUGAGAAAGCACUUUAUUCUUUUUGGGAACAGUGGUUGAGCCCUUAUGGUGUUCAGACAACAGACAUUCACACGUAAUCGUUUUUGCUAGUAGUCCUUUAAUUAACAGCAAUACACCAUUUUAAAGAUAAAUACAUAUAGGUAUGGCCAAUAUAAUUAUAACAUUGCACUAAAUGAAUAUGGGACAGUGCAAUCAAAGUGCUUUGUGUUUGAGCCCGGCGUGACGUAGUAAGGUAACAAAGCUUAAUUUAGGUCACAUGACAGACUCAUUUCAAGCAAUGCUCCGGAACACUGUUUCGAAGCACUAGUGUGUGUCGCCACUGGGUGUCGAUCUACCUAUUCCUUCUGUGGAUUUGGAUUUGGGGAAAUAGUGUAUCACUGAGCAGAACUAUCUUUAUAAAAGUAUGUUGUUUUCUUUUUAUCUUGACUCUGCAUAAUGCAUAUUAAAGUAAUGUUUAUAAGCACAACACUGCUUUGUUUACAACGGUUACCAAUGAAAUAGGAUGUCCGUUUCAUGAACAAAAUGUUCUUUUGAACCAGUUUACCAAAUCAUAAGGAAUCGUCCAGAAGGGUUUGCAUCUCAGAAAAUGUAUCUACAAUUUUCUAAAGUUUCUCACUUUCAGACUAGCUUGACAGUCCCUACGACUUAAAAUAAAUCAAUAGGCCUACCCUGGAGUAUGUGUUACCCUUGUAACUCCAGAAGCACUGAAACAUGCUGUGCAGACUGGGAGAAGAUGAGCACGAGCCGCUGAUAUACUGAACAAACGGUACUGCUACAGCGGUUCUCGAGUCAACAGUUCUCGAAUCACCAGUAAACUGAACCGAGAACCGUUUCUUUCAGACACUUUCAACACAUGAGAACCAAUGAGCAUUGAGAUACUGAGCAUGCAUGAAGCUGUCACUGUCUAGCUGUUUAUUUCAGAAAACUGAUGCUGAGCUGAUAUUAAUUCAUGAACAUGAGUUAACCGAGGACUUGAACAAGGGGGCAAAUUUGAUUAAAUUAAGUUGAUUUAAUAACAGAUAAAACUAACAGUAAAAUUUAAAUGCAACUUGAUAUAUUAAACAACAUUUUAGCAUAAUGCACAUGAAACUGUUCAGUAAAAACAUGUAAAUUAUUUUUACUAUUUACUAAUGUGUAUGCAUGUUAUAUUUUAUUCUGUACGAAUUUCUGUACGUUUAUGGUUCUGUUAUGAUUUCUGCAAAAAGUUGAUAAAGACUUCACUUUCUUUAUUUCUAUAUCUUUAAGACAUUAGUGUUUGCACAUCGCUUUUGUAAAACAUAAAUGUAAGAAACUUAUCCAAGAUGAUGAUGAUGAUGGUUAUUGGUAUGUAUCUUAAGUUAUGAUUACAAAUUACUUUUAAUGUUUGAAUGUACUUUCACUUGCUGGGAUGAUAGAAUUUACGUCAUUAUGUGAAGACCGUUUUUUUUUUUUUUUUUACCGGGUUAUUGAAACAAACUGUCUAAAAUAACUGGUUCACAGUAAAUAACUAGUAUGUAAUCAGAGUGUGGCUGUGUUCGAAAUGGCAUACUAACAUACUGUAUACUGCCUACUGCCCAGUACAGAGUGUAUACUGCCUACUUUUUUGUAGAAUUUGUGUGUGAAACAGUAUACAAUAAACAACAAAAUGUUUCUAAGUAGUAUGCUACAGUGUUGUUGUAACCCACUUGAUGAAUUUGUUUCAAUGAAAAGAAGGAAAAUAUCUACUGUGUCUGAGAUCACCAAUAAAGCUCUAUUGA